AUGUCCAAGGAAUCACAUCAAACCCCGCCAGGGUUACCACCCCACGACACUCAGUCGACUGCAACUUUACACUCUACAGCAUCCCAGUCCAUCACCAACUCUGCCUUUACCAGAAGUGGCAGAGCAGGCAAUAGGACGGUUCAGCGCUCCUCGAAAGGUAAUAAACGAUCCAUCACCCACGGCUUUUCAGCGAUCGCUGUCGAGGAUAAGGUGGUUCCUUCGGACCUUGCAAGUGGCGAGGCUAGCGAUGGUGUCGAUAACAAGCCAGUCUCCUCCCAGCAUGGACACAAGCGGCACAAACUCUCCAACAAUAUCGACAUCGACCUUGCAGUCUCCAUCAGCGAAGUCAAAAGCCCUGCCUCCAGUGCCCAGCCGUCAGCUCUGCCGGCCAUGCCUCGCUUGGACGUUUUCUCACAAAAUAUCAAACCACCUGCCAUCUUCAUCACCCUGCCAGAGUUCGGUUCCCGCAUUGACACCACUCCCCAACUUGCUUUGUGCAUUGCCUUGCUCCCCAAGGUCAGUGAUCUCACCAACCAGCAAGAGGAUCUCUCGCAGAUUUUGUCCUCUGGCAUUACUGCCCAACGUGCCUGGAUUAAUUAUAUGAAGCAAGACCCUAUUGAGCAAGAGCGUCUGCGUUGGCUAGGGGCUUGCAUGGUAGAUGAGUUUGCAAAGGACGCCUCCAAGUACUCGACCGAGAUUGCCGAGAUGGUACUUAUUGGUCCAGUGCUCGACAACGAGCACUUUCGCAGGUUGCUGUCGUGCACCAUCACGGCAUUCGAUCAGGCUGUGCUUCUGGAUGUUGAUUUGUUGCAAGGUCUGGUGCAGUUGGUCCAGUCUGCUCCAUCCGAGGCUCUGCUUCCUGACGACCUGGUCAAGAUCCUUCGUGUGCUCAGAGUUCGUCUGCAGGACACCCACCAGCAGUCGUCUGUUCAUCCCUUCCAUCUCACGUUGGCUGUCUCGAGGUUGCUUGAUAUUAUGGCGGAGCACAAGGUCAAGGACUUGGAUAGACUUGAAGAGCACGAAGCUCUUUCUGGGGUGUUGCCGGGUUUGAAGGCCAGUUCAGAUCCCUACUUGAUGUAUCAGGCAUGCUAUGCGUUCCAAGCGCUGCAGUAUGUGCCUAAUAAUGAGACUCCGCUGCAGGCCGUUCUCCGACAUUCUACUGGGGUUGUGGAAGGGCUCGUCAAGGUCUCGGCGGUGUUUAAACUGGAUCUGGGAGCAGUUCUCGAGGGACUCGACAAGCUGCAGGAGACCCUCGGAGGUGUCAUUGAGGUUGCUGGUAGUGUCUAUGAUGGUGCCAGUUCGCUGAUGGAGAGUGGCCGAGGCGUGCUUGAGAGCAUGAAGGAGGGGCUUGGGUCUGGUCAGAAGCGUCCGUGGUACACCGCCAUCCGCGCCGCCUACGCCUUUGCUCAAGCCGGCCAACUCAAGGAUCUCAAUGUUCUCAUCUAUGAGGCACCCUGUCGUCGUGAUCCUUUGUUCCAGUGGGGUAUCUGCCAAUUGCUGGGCGAGAUCGCCUCUGACACCAUCUGGGAUACCAGCGUCCGCCUGCACGCCGUCGAUCUUCUUAGAGAGCUGUACAUGACCGAUCCUUUGUGGGGUCAGGAUGAAAGCGUCAGAACUUGGAUGCUAAACAUCAUCCGCCAACUCGGAACCACUACUGACCAGGUCGUCAGUGCUAAUGCUCACACCUUGCUCAAGGACCUCAACCAGGAACAAGACACCACCACCCAUCUUCCCUAUCCUCUCAGGAGCCGUCUCCCUCUGCCUGUAACAUCCCCUACGCUCGCUCGCGUUCAGAAUAUCCCUCCUCUUGAGUACGAUCUCCACGAGCACAAAGUCCUGAGGUUGGAGCAAAGCCGCCUGUCACUUUACAUUCAGCCGUUUGCCAAAGCCAGCCUGAAGGCCAAGGACGAAGACACAUUUCCUCUCCUAGAGAGAGUACUGGAGUUCUUGGCAAGCGAGAGUCAAGUGAUGUUGAUUCUAGGCGACUCUGGGUCUGGGAAAUCGACAUUCAAUCGCCAUCUUGAGCAUCAACUCUGGAUCGACUAUAAGCAAGGCGGACCCAUCCCAUUGUUCAUCAAUCUUCCCGCCAUCAAACACCCAGACGAGGACAUGAUCGGCAAGCAGCUGAGGGCCAACAACUUUAGCGACGACCAGAUCCAGGAGAUGAAGCAGCACCGCCAACUCAUCCUCAUCUGCGAUGGGUACGAUGAGAGUCAGCAACUGGUCAAUUUGCACCGAACCAACAUGCUGAACCAGCCAGGACAAUGGAACACCAAGAUGGUCAUCAGCUGCCGCACCCAGUUCCUCGGACCCUCAUACGUUGAUCGCUUCAAGCCUCAGCCGACAGAUCGCUACGCCGCUGGUCCUCAGGAUCUAUUCCAGGAGGUCGUCAUUGCUUCCUUCUUGCAACUUUAG